UGCCCUUUUUGCGAAAAAUAAAGGUUGAUUACGCGCCGUAAAAAUAAGGUUUUGCCCUUUUUGCGAGAAAUAAAGGUUGACUACGCGUCGUAAAAAUAAGUGUGGUGAACUAAUACAUAUUUGUGGGAGAACUAUGUGUUUGUUUAGCGUUGUUUGUUUAUAUUUGUUUGUGAAUGAAUGCUGUGACUCUAUUGAAUCAGCGUGCCCGACCUGUUCAAUUAGACAACCACAGAUUGGCAAGUUUGGGUAAAGAAACGAGGAAAUGUACUAAUACUAUACGAUCACACCAUAAACAAUGGGUAAUUCUCACGGAAAGCCUGAAGGCGAAUUUUCAGGCGACGCAUUGUUUAUGUUCAAACAGGACUCAGAUAGUGUGAAAUAUCUGAGAAAAUGGAAAACAAAAUACGGCUUUUCCGGCGAACUAAAUGUUUUUGAGAUAGAAACAAUCUGUAAGACUCUAAAAACCAUCGCCAUAGAAAACAAAAUACCUAGACUCAGCAAAUCAAAACAUCACGAACUAAAACAAGCAGAACAGUGGUUCCGAGCAGCAAAAGAGAGGGCACACGCCCACGAAAAAGAAAAAUUAAGGGCCGUAGAAAUCACGCGAGGGAAAAAUAGUUCACAAGCCCUGUACACAAAAACCGAGUUGGACGAGACCAACGUAAAAGCAGUUCACCAGCACCCCGUAGCAACAGCGUCCAGCUCCGGAGAGGAGCCACAGAGCGAGCCGGAUGACGAGGAGGACGUAUCACCUCCAGCAUACGACCGCGUCACCACACCGUUAUAUCCAAAAUUAAUAGAGCUCCAGGACCCAAAGCCCCCACCGAUUUCCACACGCCUACGUAACCGUCCCACCAACAUACCGAAGAAAGCAAACGCAUUUCCAAUGUUACAAGUCUCUAAUCCACAUGAUGCGGAAACACCCGCGUAUGUGUUCCGGCCAUGGAUGGAGGCCGAAUGUACCAAUGCAUGUGAAGGAGUUACUCCACCACAGAAAAACUUUGAUCAGUUCGUAGUAGAUUUGUUCAUGCUGGCCGAAUCCUACAAAUUGAACGGCAAGGAAAUGGAGAAAGUUAUGCAGAAAAUGUUCGUGCUACGAUGGGUGAAAUGCAGGGGGGAUUAUACAGGAAUAGUGGACGAAGGAGCACCCUUUGUCCACCCAUUGAACGGUCCAAUGGUCGGGCGUUACAGAGACCAGGUAGAGGCCGUUAUGACAAGAGCUCGCCCACUGUUCCAACAAUCAGCAUCCCACAGCAGAUUAGCUGCAUGUAAACAGGGACCCGGAGAGUCAGUCUCCGAGUUCCAAUUCCGUUCUGAGGAGGAACACAGGGCAAGCAGUGGGAUCCCCUACGAGGAAGGGGGAGGAACACCCUACCAACAAUCAUUGAAACACGGCAUCCUCCGUGUACCACUAUUAGGAAGAGACGCCAUGUUGUCCCUAAAAAUAUACGUGACCCCGGUGCGAGGAGGAAUGGUCGCAAAAGCAUUGUCAGACGAAGACUCCGAGGGAGUGUACAAUGUCCAGAUGAGUGAGACCAUAUACUUCUCCUACGAGGACGCCGCAAAAGAGGGUUUCCAGAGGUCCCGAGGAAGAAGGGACGCAGCUGGUACCAACCCGCUGCUGUCACAAGAGAAAGAAUGGACACACAUGCAACACAGUCCAUGGGAUGGAAAGAACGAAGAAGAGAAAUACCCAAGGAUGAAGAAUAAGUGGUCACCUUGUACGCCCGCAGAAUGA